AGGGUUGGCAAUGCUGAUUGUAAGUAGUAAUUGUCAAAACAAAACUGGCUGAGAUAAGGAGAUCACACCUUAUUUUGACUCAGUGUACUCCUUUUGAGGUCUUUAUAAUUUUUAUAGGUGUAAAGUGUGCUGUAGGAACACGACCUGGGUGAGUUUAUGGGAGUGUUUGCAUUGCGGGCUGUGUCCUUGAGUGGCAGCGAAGUCAGCUGGAUGUGUGGGGCAGAGCAGUGGGCCAGGAAACGUCACAGUGGCUACUGCACAUCCUAACAUACUCAGCACAUCCUUUCUUGUUCUGGUGACGUGCAGAGCCCCAGCGCAAGAACCUCGGGAGUUGGAGUGGUACGGGCCGACAUGUACUGGGCCGCAGGGGCCCAGGACAAGCUGGAAGAUGUGGUGCAGCGUCACUUCACCAAGAGGUUCCAGUUUGUGCCCCCGGGAAGCGGCUGGCAACUGCCGAACCCGGAAACGCUUUUCAAGGAAGCUGCCUGGCAGUUGCCACAGCUCCAGCAGCUGAAGGUGGAGCUGAACGGCGUGAAGAGCAAGCUCAACGACCUGCCUCUGAAGGAAUGGCACGCGCACACCCGCUCCAUGAACAAGGCAGGAGACGUCCUGUGGCACCUGCGUGCAGCGGUUGACCCAGAGUUCAUCACGCAGGCAUGGUGCAAGCUCUAUGAGAACGUGGCAUCAAACUACCUUGUGCCACCUGCUGUGUUCGUGUCGGGAUCGUUGAACACGUUGCACCUGUGUGAGGCGCCAGGGGCAUUCAUCACAUCCCUCAACCACUACCUGAGGGUGCUAUGCCCCACCAUCAAGUGGCAUUGGCUGAGCACCACCCUGAACCCUUACUACGAGGGCAACCCCCUCAACUGUAUGAUCAGCGAUGACCGGUUCAUUCUGCAGACCCUGGAGCGGUGGAGGUUCGGGACGGACUUCACCGGUGACCUCAUGAACCGGAGCAAUCUGGACCAGUUGGUGGCGGAAGCUGUGCAGAUGGGAGAUGUGCUGCUGGUGACUGCAGAUGGGAGCAUAGACUGCCAAGACGACCCGGGGGAGCAGGAGUGUCAUGUCUCCUCCCUCCAUUUUUGCGAGGCAGUGGCCGCCCUGAUGGUCCUUGCCCCAGGAGGCAGCCUUCUGCUGAAGAUGUUCACGUUCUACGAGGGCCAGACGGCCUGCCUGGUGUACCUGCUGUGCUGCGUGUUCCGCUCCGUAGUCGUGUUCAAGCCCGCCACCAGUCGGGAGGGAAACUCGGAGGUGUACCUCUGCUGCCGCGAGUAUGCUGGCUCCAGCUCCGUCCAGCCCUGGCUGUCCGUCCUGAGGCUUCACUACGGACCAGAACCAAAGACAGAGGCAUUCUUCCCCAAAGAAGCCAUACCUAAGACAUUCCUAAGGCAGCUCUGUAGCUGUGCCAAGCUGUUCAAGGAGAUACAGGUGUCCGUCAUAGAAAACAACAUUCAGUCGUUCAUGUUCAGGCACUUAGUGGACUGGUCACGAGUGAAAACUUUGCGUCGCAUGGUUGUGGACGAGUUCUUCUGGAGGUACCAGGUACAGCCGAUCGAUGACAACCUAAAGAUUCUGAACAAAAGCAAAAUGUGCGCGAUCCCGGAGCUGCUGAAGGAGCCGAAGGAGGAGGGAUUCUCGUACAGCGAGCGCCACGGCAGGGCGGCGCUCCUGCCCGCCCAGCUCCUCGGCGUCCUGCAGCAGCAGCUGCGCCAGAUGCAGGUCGCGUGGCCCUACCAGCAGGACGUCGAGUGGCUGGCGCUCUCCGGGGAAGUGGACGGCGUGAGCCUGACGAGGGGCAAGGCGGUGGAGCGUGUGAGCAGCUCCAAGUUCUGCCGUGGCUGCGUCCUGAGGGUGUUUGCGGAGGCGUGCCGGGCCACGGGGACCCUCGAGAGGACACGGUCCCUGCCCUCAGCACAGGGCGUGCGACCGUCGCUCCCGGAGGAGCUGGACUGGCAGAGCGUCCGGGUGGUGGACUGCGGCGACGCGCCGAGGCGCUCGGUGGCGGCCGGCCAGGAGGAGGCCAAGCGGGCGUGCUUCCUCGCCAUUGUGGCGGCCCUGCGCGACCUGGGCGAGGGCGAGCACCUCCUGCUCCUCGGCUACCCGCUGCUCACGCAGUUCAAUGUCGCCGUCGCCUACUUGCUCUGCCAUGCCUUCCAACAGGUUGGCUUCAUCAGACCUCGCGGGAGAGACUGCGCGUUGCUGUUCCGCUGUCUGCAACGCAACGUGCAGCAGUGCAAGAGCGUUCUGGAGCAAGUAGAACUCGAGCUCGGCAGGAUGGAUCUGCAUGAGAGCGUGCUGUCCCUGUUGCCUAUAAACAAGCUUUGUGGUAUUAACAGUUACGAGGACAAAGUAAGUUCUGAACUUGAAGAAGCGAGUGCUGAGAACUGUUCCUUAACAGUGGAAGGAGAGUUUUACUUGUGUGUUAUAAACAUGAACCAUAUGAGCAUUGCCGAACAUGUUGAAGACAUUGUACAACAUGUAGUGGCUCAACAGUAAUCAACGAGCACAAACAGCUACACUAGUCAUGUGACGGAGGCACUGCCAUUUUAUAAUAAGACAUAAAUAUACCUAUAAAUGACUGCCUGCCAUUUUAAGUGUGUUGUCAGUGUUGUGCAUUCCAAAGACUGAUGUGAAACUUGAUUUAUAUGUAUACAAUCUUUAUUUGCACAGUUCCCAAACUUAUCAUUUUUAAAAAAGCUCAAAAACCUAUUAUUAAUACAUAAAUGUGAAAGUGUUGUAUUUUUCUUCCUCAAUCAUGCCUUUAUUGUUGAAUAAAUUUUAUGAUUUUUGGAACUAAGGUAUCCCAUAUAUUGGAUUAAAUCAUAAUUUUCUUAUAAAAUAUCCAUUAAAGUUUGUUUACAAAUAUAACUCAACUGCAACAUGGGUCACAAUAGCGAUAGCCUUCUGCCUGUGUUUAGAUAAAUGUUUGUCGGCAGUAAUAUUGAGUUUAAUUUUUACAGUAAAAUACACAAAUCUAAAUUUUUUCCCCUUUCACUGUAUGGUAAUAAUUUUGCAAAUAUUGAUUAAUUUCAUUGCAAUACAGAAAAAAGCAGAGUAUAGUGCAUGAAAAUGCUUUGCGAUGAAUUGAAAAUUCAAAAUAAUCAGAGCAUUUAAACAAAAACAAUGUGCAAAUGUAUUUAUGGGUCUGAGACACUCAACCUGUGCAAUCAUGUAAUUUUUCUUUACCCGUGUACUGGCAGGUUAUAAAAUUAAUUAGAACUGGUUAUUUGGUAAGAACGUAUUUUAGGAUGUAGGAUAAGAAACGUGGUGGCUAGUCAACUGUUGUUUUAGUAUGUGUAAUGUCACUGGUGCACCUCUGUGCCAGUAAGGCUCUUGUUUAUAUUGUUUUUGGGUCUGGAGUAUUUUUAGAGGAGCUUCGUCACAUCUGUUUGAGAAUUCACAGAAUAUAAUUACUGCGAGGCGAGUGAACAACUAUAGACUAGUGACUAUUAAAAAAAAUUAUGAACAAACAUUCAUAACAUAAACGUAUUCCGUAGUAAUGAUAAUUUUCGUUUAGGCAAACAAUGACGUGUGCAAAGGUGCUGUCUUGUAGCAGCUACUGAGGAAAAGCAAAAUGAUUUUUGUUUUUAUGGUUUAUAAAAGUGAAAUAUGGCAUGGUUAAUCUGCAAACCGAAUAACCCGCAUCUGAAUAAUCAGGAGUCUGCUGUACUUAACUUAUCCUACACUGUCCUUUGAGACGAUUAAAAAUAAUAUUUUUUAUCUUAAUAUUAAAAAUUAUAAUUGAUAUUGCGUUCUCUCUUUUUCGAGAAAAGGAAAGGUACUUCUCCGUAGAUGUUUUAGUUGCAGAAGUUCUAAAGCCCUGCUGAAAGUCAAUUAGUUGACUGCCACCAUCCUUUAACAUAGAUUCAUUGAUCCUUGUGUCUGCUGGUCGUCUGACACACUUCUACUCACCUGGAUCUCUCAAGUGUCUCAAAAGGAUAUACUAAUUUACGUGUGUUUCUAGACUCGUCUUACAUUUAAGUCUGUGGGUCUGUAGCAAAGGAAUACAUGUGAGAUGAUUAAAGGUUUCUCUAAGGCUGUCGAUUUUCACAAAAUUUAAAAAACUAAAGGAUGAUAAAUAUAAAUUGUCUGUUUUAAUUUAUUUUUAAUUAAUGCUAAACAUAUUUUAUGGUAUAUGUCAUUUCAAAACUGUGACCCAAAUUGCUGGUAUUAUUUAAGUACCAGUGAACUUUAACUUCUGGAUUCCAUCUUAUUACAACUAAGUGUGUCUAAAUUUAUGGUGGCAAGAUACGGUUACUUACAUUACAGCGUGUAACGUAUUUGUUAGCCCUAAAAAUUUAUAAAUAAUCUGUCUUCCUAGGUAUUCCUCAUUUCAUUACCAACUGAAAUGCAGAUAAAUUUGUGAGACUGUAAUAUCACCUGAAAAAAAAAAAUGUAUAUAUAGCUAAUUAAAACAAAUGUAAAAAAAAUGCAGUAGUAAAUGACCUUAAUGUACUUCAGUCUGUGAUUCGUACGAUGCCUCUGUGGAAGUACAAGGAAGGCCGGUGUCAGAGUGAGCAACUCAGUGCUGCUUCUGGGGCACGUCCCAGCCCAGGGCCAGGUCCUUGGCCGUGGCGAUGUAGAUGAGGGCGCCGUGGUGGCCCAGGGGCUUCAUGGCGGUGUAGCUGCGCUUGUCGGGCGACCAGUGGCACGUGGCCUUGUAGUGCAGGUCCUCCUGGGACUCCGAGUCCGUGCUCUCCUGUCACAGCGUCCCCAUCAGAAGCACAGUUCAAGGCUCUUAUCCAAUUAAGCAGCGUUUAACUUUAUUAUUUUUUUUUUUAAUUCAAGGAAUUUGCACAAAUGGAUUAGAAGAUUAUAUUUAAUAUUGUUUGAGCAUGCAUCUCUUAUGGAAUGAUUUUUAAAAUACAAAAAUACACCAUGGUUUAUAUUUUUAUUCUCCUGUUUUGUUUUAGGCAAUUUACUACAAAUUAUUCUAUUGUAAAAAUGCAGCAUAUGAGCCAUUACACUGUUUUGGUUAGAAUAAGUAUUACAAAAAAAUAAUUUAUAAACUUCAAAAACAAUAAAAACAAUGAAAUCUUCUGUUUUAAAUAUGAAAAUGGGCCAAAAAUAUAACCAUUAAACCUUGUCUCUAGCCAUUGCAUAUGGUAAGAAACCAUCCCAGCCUGGAGUGAUGGGAAACUGGCUGGACCAGGAGUCAAUCACAGGUCCUAUGAAAUCCAAGACCAGUGGCUUAUCAUUGCUCCUUUGUGCUCCAUUGAUAGACAUAAGCUUUUAUGGUUUCAUUUUUAAAAUGAGAUUUCUGUGUUAUUGUUUUUUUUAUGAACUCUUGUUUUUUUUAUUUUGUUUUUUUAUAGAUAGCACAAUUUUCAACAAAUAUGACACUUAACUUGUUCAAUGAUAAUUACUUCAAAGUAAUGUAAAUUUGACUGAUACAUGAUCCACUUUUAAAAUAUAAUAAUUUGUAAUAAGCAGGUCUAACUACUGGAGACAAUAAAAAUAAAUCACAAGUAUAUGUGCUUUUUGUUAAAUGUCCCACUGUCGUAAUGUAAAAAUUAGUUACUAAUAACAGUAG